AGUUGCGAAUUCAGCCAUCCGACAGAAACGUUUGAUAAUAUUCCGCGUGUAAAUGAAAUUCUCCGAGAGUGUUUUCCGGUAUUGAAAAGUUUUUCGAGUAGGUUUUUCUUAGUGAUAUUUAUUGACAUAGGUUAGUUUGUAUUUGUUUUUCUACUGAAAUCUUGUUGAUUAGAUAUGGAUGAAACUUGAAGACUACUGAAAGAAAACAAUACGUUCAGAUAUGAUUCAAGCUAAAUAAAAGGAAUAACCGAUCUAUAGAACAAAGAAAUAUGGAGGAAAACUAUUUGGUCACCGAUGUAAAUUACACGUUUUCAACCGACACAUCCAAUGAAAGCGAUUAUAUAGAUUCUAAAUUAAUGGAAAGAUACCUUACGAAUAAAGGUAUCGAUGAGCCUGCAUAUUCGACGCUCAUUGUGAUGUAUUGUUUUCUGAUGAUUAUGGGAGCUUUGGGAAACACUCUCGUGAUUGUCACUGUAGUACGUAAACCUGCAAUGCGAACACCUAGGAAUAUGUUCAUAGUGAACUUAGCUGUAGCUGAUCUCCUACUUUGUGCUAUAACUAUGCCAUUAACGUUGAUGGAGAUUCUCACUAAAUAUUUCCCAUUGGGAAACAAUCUGUUCGUUUGUAAAAUAAUUGGCAUACUUCAGGCCACCAGUACUUAUGUUUCAACCAUUUCUAUCACUGCGAUAGCAUUGGAUAGAUAUCAGGUUAUUGUUUAUCCCACGAAGGAAAGUUUGCAACAAUUUGGAGCCACUCUCAUCCUACUUCUUAUUUGGGUAGUAGCCCUUCUGUUGGCAAUGCCUCUGUUUAUUGUAAGACAUCUUGUACACCACAGCAUACCUAUGGGAAACGAUUGUCUUAACAUAAACUUUUGUAUAGAAAACUGGCCAGUGGAGCAUGGUAGAGCUUAUUAUUCGAUAUUUUCAUUAAUAUUUCAAUAUACUCUACCUAUAAUAAUUGUCUCGGUUGCGUACGUUAGAAUAUCUUAUAAACUGAGACACCGUUUUGCUAGCGGAUUUACAAGUGAAGAACAUUCCCAUGGAAAUCGACGUGAACUUCGAGGACGUCGCCUUCAUAAAACAAAUCUUCUGUUGGGUUCGAUAGCUUUUAUUUUCUGCAUUAGUUGGCUACCUUUGAAUGUGUUCAAUCUGGUGGCAGAUUUGUCAGUGAAUCAAUCAUUCACGUCACAGCCUAUGAUGAUUGUUUACGCCGUGUGUCAUAUGAUGGGCAUGUCGUCGGCAUGUUCAAAUCCGAUACUUUAUGGUUGUCUGAAUGAAAAUUUUUGGAAGGAAUUCAAAGAUAUUCUAUGCAUAGAAUCUAGCGUUGAAACGAUGGGUCAAUCCAAGAGAGUUUCUUUUAAAAAAAACUCUCAGAAUUCUCAAAGUAAAGCGAAGCCCGAUCUCGUCACCGGAGCUAUUGAUUAUCAACUUUGCAAUACCGUAAGCACAGAUGUGACAGUGUUAACGAAGUCCUCCUAGCGGUUAAAAAAUUUCAAUUGUAAUAACGAAAACGAUGUGAUGGACGACUUAAGUGCAGUAGAUUCUUUAUGAAUAGGCAUUGUGGAAACCGUGAGAGGAAUAUUAUUUUAGUAGAAAUGUUACCGCUCAUAAACCAGUGAAUGUUAUUGUUCCGAAAUCUUAUCGAAGAAUCAAUCGGAAUAGGAUCUUAUUGAUUUUUCGUGGUCUUAAGCCACUGACAAUUCAACUAACAAUUUUUUUCUGAAAAAAUAAUUUCAUUUUAAAUAUUAAAUUCAAAUGAAACGUCAAGUUCCCUGACAACGCUGCUCUAGUUUCCAAAUGGUAAUGCUGGACCAGGGUCGAUAAUUUUUAAAACCAAAAAAAUACUAAAAUGCAACCCAUUGAGAGAGGAGGA